AUGUCACUGGCAGUUCUACUCAAUAAGGAGGACAAGGAUAUAUCUGAUUUUUCAAAGACUACCGCAGGCAAGUCUGCUAAGAAGAAUAGCAGAGAGAGAGUUGCCGAUGUGGCGCCCACCAGAGUGCUAGAUAAGAAACAAGCGUAUCUAUCUCAACUGAACAGUGAGUUCAACCGUAUCAAGAGAAGGGAUUCGAUAGAGCAACUUUAUCAGGACUGGAAAUUUAUCAAUCUACAAGAGUUCGAGUUGAUAUCGGAAUGGAAUCAACAAUCCAAGGAUUGGCAAUUUGAUAACACUAAUGAUUCUCAGGACCUGCAUUUUAAAAAACUGUACCGUGAUAUGAGCAUGAUCAAUAAAGAAUGGGCGGAAUACCAAUCUUUUAAAAAUGCAAAUUUAUCGGACAUAAUCAAUGAAAAGGACGCUGACGAGGAUGAAGAAGAUGAUGAAGACGAGCUUGAAGAUGGUGAAGAAGACAUGGAAGAAGAUGAGGCAAGUACUGGUAGGCAUACCAAUGGGAAGAGCAUGCGUGGGAAUGGUAUUCAAAAAUCGAGAAAGAAGGAUGCUGCUGCUGCUGCCGCUAUUGGGAAAGCCAUAAAGGAUGAUCAAACUCAUGCCGAUACUGUUGUUACUGUUAAUGGAGACGAAAACGAGGAUGGCAAUAACGGUGAAGACGAAGACAACGACAACGACAAUGAAAACAACAACGACAACGACAACGACAACGAAAAUGAAAAUGACAAUGACAGUGACAAUGAUGACGAGGAAGAAAAUGGAGAGGAGGACGAAGAGGAAGAGGAAAUCGAGGAUCUUGAUGAAGAAGAUUUCGCCGCCUUUGAAGAACAGGAUGACAAUGACGAUGAGGACUUUAAUCCCGAUGUCGAGAAAAGGAGAAAGAGAUCUUCCUCUUCUUCUUCAUCCACCAAACUAUCUAUGAACUCGCUGUCUUUAAUAACGUCCAAGAAAAUAAAUAAAAAUAUUACCAUCAACAGUGAUAGGCCGAAGAUUGUACGUGAACUUAUCAAAAUGUGCAACAAAAACAAGCAUCAGAAGAUUAAGAAGAGGAGGUUCACCAAUUGUAUUGUCACCGACUACAAUCCAAUCGAUUCCAAGUUGAACAUCAAAAUAACUUUGAAACAGUACCACGUCAAAAGGUUGAAAAAACUGAUUAACGAUGCGAAGAGAGAAAGAGAAAGGGAAGAGGCCUUGAAGAACAACGUUGGUUUGGAUGGUAAUGAUUUGGAUAAUGAUGAGGAUGGAUCUGAAUCCCACAAGAGAAGGAAAUUAAACAAUAAUACUGCUAACGGUGCCGAUGAUGCUAAUAAGAGAAAAUUCAACACUAGACACGGGUUGCCCACUUACGGCAUGAAAAUGAAUGCUAAGGAAGCCCGUGCUAUCCAGAGGCAUUACGACAACACCUAUACAACUAUUUGGAAAGACAUGGCUCGUAAGGAUUCUACGAAAAUGUCAAGAUUGGUUCAGCAAAUACAAUCAAUCAGAUCUACAAAUUUUAGGAAAACUUCCUCACUUUGUGCUAGAGAAGCCAAGAAAUGGCAAUCCAAGAACUUCAAACAAAUAAAGGACUUCCAAACGAGGGCCAGAAGAGGUAUUAGGGAAAUGUCCAAUUUUUGGAAGAAGAAUGAGCGUGAAGAAAGAGAUCUAAAGAAGAAGAUAGAAAAGGAGGCUAUGGAACAGGCAAAGAAGGAAGAAGAGGAGAAGGAAUCCAAAAGACAAGCUAAAAAGCUGAACUUUUUGUUAACACAGACAGAAUUGUAUUCGCAUUUCAUUGGAAGGAAAAUCAAAACUAACGAAUUGGAAGGGAACAAUGUUUCCAGUAAUGAUUCUGAAAGCCAGAAGAAUAUUGACAUUUCAGCUUUGGCUCCAAAUAAAAAUGACUUUCACGCCAUUGACUUUGAUAACGAAAAUGACGAACAAUUGAGACUAAGAGCUGCUGAAAAUGCUUCCAAUGCACUGGCAGAAACAAGAGCGAAAGCGAAACAAUUUGAUGAUCAUGCCAAUGCGCAUGAGGAAGAAGAGGAGGAAGAUGAGUUGAACUUCCAAAACCCAACCUCUUUAGGUGAAAUAACCAUCGAGCAACCAAAGAUUUUGGCAUGUACUUUGAAAGAAUAUCAGCUCAAGGGUUUGAAUUGGCUAGCUAACCUUUACGACCAGGGUAUCAAUGGUAUCUUAGCAGAUGAAAUGGGGUUAGGUAAAACUGUGCAAUCUAUUUCCGUUUUGGCUCAUCUAGCCGAGAACCAUAAUAUUUGGGGGCCCUUUUUGGUGGUCACACCCGCUUCUACUCUGCAUAACUGGGUCAAUGAAAUAUCCAAAUUUUUGCCUCAAUUUAAAAUUCUGCCAUACUGGGGUAAUGCCAAUGACCGUAAAGUUCUUAGGAAAUUUUGGGACAGGAAAAAUCUGAGGUAUAAUAAGAAUGCGCCAUUCCAUGUCAUGGUUACAUCCUAUCAAAUGGUUGUCACUGAUGCUAACUAUUUGCAGAAAAUGAAAUGGCAAUAUAUGAUACUGGAUGAGGCCCAAGCUAUCAAAUCUUCACAGUCAUCUAGAUGGAAGAACCUGUUGAGUUUUCAUUGUCGUAAUAGAUUACUAUUAACGGGUACUCCUAUCCAAAACAGUAUGCAGGAACUAUGGGCACUUUUACAUUUUAUCAUGCCUUCUCUUUUUGAUUCUCACGAUGAAUUUAAUGAAUGGUUCUCUAAGGAUAUUGAAUCUCAUGCAGAAGCUAAUACCAAAUUAAACCAACAGCAAUUACGUCGUUUGCAUAUGAUUUUGAAACCGUUCAUGUUAAGGCGUGUCAAAAAGAACGUCCAAUCAGAAUUGGGCGACAAGAUUGAAAUUGAUGUCUUAUGUGAUUUAACUCAAAGGCAGGCUAAAUUAUAUCAGGUUUUGAAAUCUCAAAUCUCUACUAACUAUGAUGCCAUUGAGAAUGCCGCUACGAAUGAUUCUACUUCCAAUUCUGCUUCAAAUUCUGGUUCUGAUCAGAACUUGAUUAACGCAGUCAUGCAAUUCAGGAAAGUUUGUAACCACCCGGAUCUUUUUGAAAGGGCAGAUGUAGAUUCUCCAUUUUCCUUCACUACUUUUGGUAAAACUACCUCGAUGUUAACUGCAUCUGUUGCUAAUAACAACAGCAGCGUAAUUAGCAACAGUAAUAUGAAUCUCUCUAGCAUGAGCAGUAAUAAUAUUUCCAAUGGGAAAUUCACUGAUUUGAUUUACUCUUCAAGGAAUCCAAUAAAAUAUAGCCUACCAAGGUUGAUUUAUGAAGAUUUGAUUUUACCGAAUUACAACAAUGACGUGGACAUAGCCAAUAAACUGAAGAACGUGAAAUUUAAUAUUUUCAACCCAUCAACUAAUUAUGAACUGUGCUUAUUUUUAUCUAAAUUAACAGGUGAACCCUCGUUGAAUGAAUUUUUUAGAGUUUCUACUACACCCUUACUCAAGCGAGUAAUAGAACGUACAAAUGGUCCAAAAAAUACUGACAGUUUAAGUUUUAAAACCAUUACUCAAGAGCUACUCGAGGUUACUAGAAAUGCACCUUCCGAGGGCGUAAUGGCUUCAUUAUUGAACGUUGAAAAACAUGCCUAUGAACGUGAGUAUCUGAACUGUAUACAACGUGGUUAUCAUCCCAAUGUUUCAGCUCCUCCGGUCACCAUUGAAGUUCUUGGUUCUAGUCAUGUUACCAAUAGCAUAAAUAAUGAACUGUUUGACCCGUUGAUAAGUCAGGCAUUAUCCGAUAUUCCAGCAAUAACGCAAUAUAACAUGCACGUUAAAAAGGGAAUACCUGUUGAAGAUUUUCCAAAGACAGGACUAUUCCCUGAACCACUAAAUAAAAAUUUUUCAUCCAACAUAUCAAUGCCAUCUAUGGAUAGGUUCAUUACCGAAUCAGCGAAAUUAAGAAAAUUGGAUGAAUUGUUGGUAAAGUUGAAAUCAGAAGGCCACAGAGUUUUGAUAUAUUUCCAAAUGACCAAGAUGAUGGAUCUUAUGGAAGAAUACUUGACCUAUAGACAAUAUAAUCAUAUUAGACUGGAUGGUUCCUCAAAGUUGGAGGACCGUCGAGAUUUGGUCCAUGAUUGGCAGACUAAUCCAGAAAUCUUUGUUUUCCUCCUAAGUACAAGAGCAGGUGGUCUAGGUAUCAACCUGACCGCAGCUGACACUGUUAUAUUCUAUGAUUCAGAUUGGAACCCUACUAUUGAUUCACAGGCUAUGGAUAGGGCACAUAGGUUGGGCCAAACGAGGCAAGUCACAGUGUACAGAUUACUUGUUCGUGGUACCAUCGAAGAAAGAAUGAGGGAUAGAGCAAAGCAAAAAGAGCAAGUUCAACAAGUCGUCAUGGAAGGUAAGACUCAGGAAAAAAACAUUAAAACCAUUGAAGUGGGUGAAAAUGAUUCCGAAGUCACUCGUGAAGGUAGCAAAAGCAUAAGUCAAGAUGGAAUUAAGGAAGCGGCAAGUGCAUUGGCAUGA